AUUUGGGUGGGGAAACUUCUGAAUAGUUUGUUUUUGGUUUUACGCGACACACUGGUGGCUGACUCAUUUAGGAGGAUAGUGUAAAGUGGGAAUCAUAAAUGUUAACGAUUGUAUAGUUCACAGAAUUUAAUUCUAAUGUUAAGAAUUUAGAGGUUGUUAAACAGAACUCUUUGAUGAUUCGGUUCCUUUGAUAACUCCAAGUAUUUCUACUCGUCGUCGUUGUCGAGUUUAAUCACAUUCACACCUCUUCUUGGCUGCCUGGUCUUUCGUCUUCGAAUAUGGUGUCAGUCGCUUUACAAGCUCUAAAAGAUUGAAUAAGGGACAAUGGCAGAUGAAUUUGAUUUACCAACUCGCCCUGGGUUGACGUUAACUCUUGAUGACCUGGCUAGUAUUGUAGACAGAAGUGGCCCGGGAGAAGCCAUAACAUUUAUUAAACAAAAGUAUGGCAAUCGUAAAGAACUGUUGAGGCUGUUACAAACACAUGAAGAUGAUGGAAUUAGCCAUCUCCCGCAAGAUGUGUCCACAAGGAAAGAAAUGUAUGGAACCAACUCCUUGUACGAAGUUGAGGAGGCCGGCGUCCACGGAAGUAUAUGGAGCAUUAUCCAAUCACAACUCCUGAAAGAAGUGCGUCUCGUGGUGAUCCUGGUGCUUGCAGUUAUCUCCUUUGGAUUGUCAUUUGGGGACAGUGAUCUGAUGAAAUAUUCAUACUUUUUUGACAUGGAGGAACAGAAGAGGGCGGGCUGGAUUGGAGCUCUUUGUCUGUUCGUGCUUACCCUCUUCAUAUUUACGUUUCAAGUUGUUUCUACAUACUUUCUUGAUGCACAGUACUCCAUAACGCAGAGAAAGCGUCAGUUGUUUUCAAUGGCACAAGUGUACACUAUCCGCGGAAGCGCUGGGGUGUAUCAGCCUAGGGAUGAGAUUGUUGUUGGUGAUAUUAUUUAUGUCAAAUGUGGAAGCACUGUGCCUGCAGACGGCCUGAUCAUCUACAGCAAUAACUUGAAAGUGAAUGAGUUCCGUGUGACAGGACUCGAUACCUUGGUUGAUAAGUCAGCGAAUGGUGAUGCUAUACUCCUCAAAGGGUCGAAGGUUAUUGAUGGGCGUGCCAGAAUGGUGGUGCUGCAAGUAGGCCGACAUACUAAGCUGGGUAAGAUAGACAUCGGUGUGGACAAAGGUGUCAAUAAUGCUGCUUUUAAUCCUAAUGAAUUUGCACCACAUUCUGUUGGCACUGAAUCAGGGGAUAUCGCCAGGUCUAGCGAAGUUCAGGUGAACAUAGCAGGUAACGAGGGUGGCAACACUAGCGAUGUUGCCACGCAGGCAGCGCCCCGUGCAUACUCACCUCUAGGCAGCCAGCCAAUCAGAAACAAGAAGAAGAAAAGUGUCUUGACGCAAGAUUUGAACCGUGUUUCAAAAUAUGUGUUAAUAACAGCAAUCGUACUGUGCAUUCUGAUUGGCCUAGCUGUUGUCAUCAACUUCUGUUACCAGACGUUUGUUAAUGAUGGCAGUACCUGGGAUAUCAAGUACUUGAAGGACAUCGUGGAUCUUGUCAUUGUCACCGUCACUGUCUUCACCAUCACUUACCCUUCAUUUCUGCCAUCCAUAUACCAUCACAUCUGUAAGAUGUCGGCUCAUGAAAUUCGACAUGACCAAAUAUACGUCUGCAAUGUGGAAGCAUAUGGAAUUAUGGGUAAUAUUACAACACUUUUGACAAACAAGACUGGAGUUAUCACCGAGAACUAUAUGCGUGUUGAAGAUAUCUUUAUCUUUAAUGAAAUGCUGCACAUAAAUUGGCCAGAGAGGCCACACAACCUCAUUAGCAAACUAGAGAUGACCAAUGCAACCUUGUUGCUUACUGAAGGAAUGUCUGUGAAUACUGAUUAUACAUCUCAAAUAAUAGAGAACCCUGGGUAUAGUAACCUAGAACACGUUGGUGACAGGACAGACUGUGCUCUUCUGGAGUUUGUGAAUAUUCUAGGCGGACAUUAUCGAGCAUUUCGAGACAGUAACCCCGAGGAUAAAGUGAUGCGUGUGUACCCCUUCAACACCAGUAGAAAAAUGAUGUGUAGCGUUAUUGCAAAAGAAGAUUUGAAUGUAAACCGAGUUUAUUGCAAAGGAGCUGCUGAGCGAGUGCUUAAAAGAUGCACAACAUUCCUUGACAGUAAAGGUAUGCCACGCCUAUUGGACGGUGAAACUCGAGCUCAGUUAAUUUCAAAAAUAGAGGAGAUGUCCAUGAGAAAACUACGCACAAUAUGUUUGGCUUAUCGAGACAUGAGUAUCGAAAGUACCGAGGAAGAAAGUGUAGACUUGGCACGUGAAGAUGAGGUCAUUUCAGAUUUGACUUGUAUCGCUUUGCUUGGAAUUUCUGACCGCGUUCGUCAACAGGCUGCUAAGUAUGUCAGAGCCCUUCAGCGCAGCGGUAUCAGGAUCACCAUGGUAACUGGAGAUGUACUUCAGACAGCUGGAGCAGUAGCAAGGGAGUCUGGAAUUGUUCGGAGCAACAAGGAUCUGUGUCUUAAUUCCGAUACUUUCAACUUGAAAAUCCAUGGACUUCCAAUGAAUGAACCAGUAUAUGCUACAUCUAUCACAGAUAAUCAUAAGAUAAUAUAUGCAGAAUUUAACAAGAUAUGGCCACGUCUCAAAGUCCUUGCUCAAGCUCAGCCAGAAGACAAGCAGUGCCUUGCCAGAAAGAUACCUGCCGCACCGUCUGAGCUUCAGCCCCAGCUGGUUGCAGUUACUGGACGUUACAUUGGGGAUGAGGAGACACUGGCUGAGGCUGACCUUGGCAUUGCUCUCGGAAAUGUUGGUUCAGUGGAAGCCAAGACUGCUGCCGACGUCAUUUUGAAGGACGACAGUAUUUUUAGCAUUAGACAAGCUGUCAUGUGGGGACGCAAUAUCUGGGAUGGGGUUGUGAAAUUCGUCCAAUCGCAGUUGGUUAGAGGUAUGGUGACGUCGCUCAUCGCAUUUAUUGGAGCUUGCACUUUUUCGAAUUGUCCAAUCAGAGCCAUCCAAGUACUGUGGUCGUACCUAUUGGUUGAUGUUUCUAUCAUCCUAUUGGCUGACAAACCAACUCGUCAUAUUUUGAAGUACAAGGCUUUGGGUUCUGACAAUCAUAUGAUUUCAGAACUGUUCAUCGUUACAGUUCUUUCUCACUUUGUGUACCAAAUAACUGUGCUUCUUGUGUUCAUCUAUAAAGGUGCUGAACUGUUUGACAUCGACGAUGGGCUGUUGAGAAGCCCGUCCGCAUUUCCCACGCAACACAUGACUAUGGUCUUUAAUGUUUUCAUGUUGAUGCAAAUUUUCAAUCAAUUGAACGAGCGCAAAGUUCAUGGCCAACAGCAGAUAUACAAGGGCCUGUAUCAGAUAAGGUCGCUAGUCUAUUUAGUUGAGCUUGUUGCCCAGGUGUUAAUUGUUCAAAAUGGUAACUAUGGCUUCGGUACUAAACCGCUAGAUUUGGACCAAUGGUUGUGGUGCCUAGCAUUUGGUAUUGGUACCCUCCUCUGGCACCAGAUUGUUCUCAUAUUCUACAAACUCAUCAAUAUGCUGGUUCCAUUGAUAGUGAAUGGAAAUUGAUAGAAAUUUUGUCACUGUAAAUUGCAAUAUUGAACAUCAUGCCAGUCAGUUGAAAACUCUUAAGAGGCUACAGUGGUGUAUCUAGAAGACUUGAAAUGGGCCCACACAGACUUUUGUGGGCCCUACUCACCCCC